GGAAAGACAUCUCAGCUUUGGGUCUGACCGCUUGGCCCACUAGCCCGAUCUGAAAAGGAUCAAUCCCAUUCUAACAAGACAACCUAGGGCGAAUAGGAAAGAGGGUUUGUCUAUAUAAGGAGGACACACUUGACGGUUAGAAACUAGGGUUUUACUCAUUAGUAUUCUUGCCGACUUAUAAUUUCCCGGCCAGCUCUCCAAGCACCGGCUUAUUCUUCCAUUUGUUUCCUCAUUUGUAAACCGAACCUUUUUCCGAUCUAAUAAAACAUCUUUGAGCUAACCCAUCGACGAGUUAGGUCUUACCAUACGAGUCCGACCAAACUCGGUUCAAACACCUUUGCAAAGCAGGUUAAGAACUUUGAUAUGAUACACCAAAUUUUAUAAUUUAUAUGCUCGAAGGUCAUGAAAUGUUUUCUAAAGAAAAAGCAUUCUUAAAUUUGAAGGAAAUUAUUCUAACCGUAUAUGUUGUAGGCUUAGAAAAUAAAAGUGAGUGAAGUAUAAAGAGAAACAUAAAAUGAGGAAUGGAUCUAAAGUUCCACCACAAAUUUUAUGCGACUUUCUUUAAGACAAAGACAUCGUCAAAGCUAGAAAACACAAACAUUUUUUUAUAGACAACAAAUAUUUCUAGUGUUGUACGUCUAUUCUUAGUAUGCUUUGAUUCAGACCUCUCUUCUUCAUCAUUCUGUCAUUUUUCUUUCUCUGACAUUUCAUCCAUCUCAGGUUAUCUUUGUCUUUCUUCGUCUUCAAACAUUCCGUCUAUCUUCCCUGAGAGGGCGCGCCUCGUGUGCGCGUUCUCUACAACAGCCAUGGAAUCCACAUCUCUCCUCCUCAUUUCCAUUGUAUCACUCUUAUUCGUGGCUUCUGAUGGUUUAUCAGAAACAGAAUCUCUCUUGAAAUUCAAGAAAUCUCUUGUUAUUGGGGGAGCAAGUGGUUUGGAUAGUUGGAAUAGAAAGAAUCCGCCAUGCAAGUGGUUUGGUAUCUUGUGUGAUCAAGGCUAUGUUUGGGGGCUACGUCUAGAGAAUAUUGAGCUUGCUGGCUCUCUAGACAUUGAGGCGUUGACAGGUUUGAAGUCUCUAAGGUCCCUAAGCUUCAUGAAUAACAAACUUAGAGGGCCAUUUCCGAAUUUCAAAAAACUUGGUGCCCUGAAAUCAAUUUACUUGUCAAACAAUCAAUUCGAUGUAUUGAUACCAAAGGAUGCUUUUGAUGGGAUGGGGUGGCUGAAGAAAAUCCAUCUGGAACACAAUAAGUUCAAUGGUGAAAUUCCAGUCUCUGUGGCCAAAAUUCCCAAGCUUUUAGAGCUGAGACUUGAUGGGAACCAGUUCACCGGACAAAUACCAGAAUUCACACAUAAAUUACACAUCUUAAAUUUUUCAGACAAUGCAUUAUCAGGUCCAAUCCCAAAUAUUCUCAGAACAAUGGAUCCAAAACUAUUUGAAGGCAAUAAAAAAUUAUGUGGUAAACCUUUGUUAACAGAGUGUUACUCUCCUUGCAACCUUUCUGAAGAGCCUAAAGCAAGUUCCAAGAAAAAAACAUCAAAGUUUUUGUACAUUGUAGCCGCGGUUGUAGCAGUGAUACUAGCAUUACUCAUUAUUCUUGGACUAAUCAUUGUCCUUUGUCGGAGGCGAAGAAACAAUCAGCCACUAAUGUCACCAGAUUCUGGAUCAUCAAGUUUACAGAAGAGAGCAGGAAUCCAAAAAGGUGAUAAGGGACAAUAUUGCUGUCAUUCAAAAAAACGUGUUGCAAAGAGGAUGAUUCAUACCACAAAAUUGUCAUUCUUGAGAGAUGACAAGGGAAAUUUUGACUUGCAAGAUUUGUUAAAAUCAUCUGCAGAGAUUAUGGGAAGCGGGUGUUUCGGAGCAUCAUAUAAGACAUUGCUUUCGAAUGGAUCGAUGAUGGUAGUGAAGAGGUUUAAACAUAUGGAAAGUGCAGGAAGUGAAGAGUUCCAAGACAAUAUGAAGAGAUUGGGGAGGUUAAACCAUGAGAAUUUGCUCCCAAUUGUGGCUUAUUACUAUAAGAAGGAGGAAAAACUUUUUGUUUCUGAUUUUAUUGACAACGGAAGCUUGGCUGAUACUCUCCAUGGUCAUAGAUCGUUGGAACAGCCAAACUUUGAUUGGCCAACAAGAUUGAAUAUAGUGAAAGGUGUCGGAAGGGGACUUCUGUACCUACAUAGAAACCUUCCUAGCCUAAUGGCACCUCAUGGCCAUCUUAAGUCAUCCAAUGUUCUUCUUAGUGAGAAUUUUGAGCCACUUCUUACAGAUUAUGGCUUGAUCCCAAUGAUAAAUGCAGAAAGUGCACAAGAGCUAAUGGUAGCUUACAAAUCUCCAGAGUACUUGAAGCAAAGCCGAGUGACCAAGAAAACUGAUGUAUGGGGAUUCGGUGUACUCAUCUUGGAGAUUUUAACAGGAAAGCUCCCUGAAAGUUUCCCACAAUCCGAUAAAGAAAGUGAGGAGGACAUCACGAGUUGGGUGAAGUCAAUUUUCAAAGGAGAAUGGACACAAGAAUUGUUUGAUCAAGAAAUGGGGAAAACAAAUAAUUGUGAAGGAGACAUUCUCAAACUCCUAAGGAUUGGACUAAGUUGUAGUGAAGUAGACGUGGAGAAAAGGUUAGAUAUAAAAGAAGUUGUCGAGAAGCUAGAAGAUUUAAUGAAAGAGCAAGAAGGAGACGACGACUUCUACUCAACUUAUGCGAGUGAGGCUGAUGGGAGGUCAUCAAGGGGAGUGUCAAGUGAAGGAAUUAACCUCUCAUGAAAUUAUAUAAAACAUCAAGUAAUCUUUUAGUGAUAAAAAUAUAAGUUUGAGAACAAUUUCGUGUGUCUCAAAAGCAUAAUUUUGUUGGUAUUCAUGAAUGACAACACCUCCACAUAUGGAAGCCCUUUAAACUUGAAAAUUGUUGAUGAUAUGCUCGUAUAUUGUUAUGUUAUUGUGGAAAUCUAUAUGAAAGAAAGAUGUAGGGAGUUUUUUCCUUGAAAAAAAAAUCAUAGAGAAACCUCAAAAGAACGUUAAUGAUGUAAUAUGUGGGAACCGAAAUUCGCACUGUCGAUUUCCGUUU